CCCCUUAAAUUCGAAAUUCGAGUUUUCAUAAUAAAAUAGAAAAAUAAAAAUACCUAGUUAUGUCGCUAAUAAGUGGACUAUCUAAAGCGACAUGUGGUUUUCUACGCACUGGAACUGAAACAAUUUUUGGUCUUCAGCAAGUUAGAAAUAAAUGGACAAACUGGCAUAUGUUGAAGGAUUACAAAAGAAGAAUGUGUGUAAAGGAACACGCAGCUGACAGAUUACGUCUUGUCGCUAUAAAGAGAAACGACAUUUUACCUUUUGAAUUGCGAGAAGCUGCUGCUGAUGAAUUGCAUAAUAACUUCCCUAGAGACUCCAGUCGAGUAAGAUGUCGUGAAAGAUGUAUGAUUACUUCAAGACCUCGUGGAUGCGUCAAGAGAUUCCGUGUCAGUCGUAUCAUGUUUAGACACUUUGCCGACUAUAAUUUGAUGGCUGGAAUGCAACGAGCCAUGUGGUAAAUGAAACAGUGUUGAACUUUUAGAAAUCUUAAACUUUAUUAAAAAAUAAAAUAUGAAAACAUAGAA